GGGUCAGGCUGUGCGCUGUGCCGGUUCCAGCUGAACAGCGGUACUCUGCGCGCUUGCGAUCUGGGCGUUCUCCUGGGUAACGCCCUGCUGCUGCCUUUCUGCCCGAGGAGAACUGCUCAAGCCGUCAGGGCACUGGCUAUAACUUUCAAGAGUUUCCAAUUUAUAAUUGAAGAUUAAAAAUGUACAGUAAACUUAAAAAGACAGGAAGCCACUCCUGUGCUCUUUCCACUGCUUCCAUCAGCAUUUUUCUGAACUUGUUCAUUUUGUUUUGUUCGUACAUCCUCUGAAAAUUUCAGUGAGGGUUAAUGAAAGUUGAAAUUAAUGAAAAUUGAUAAUUUCUUUAAAUCCUAAGUUACUGAUAACCAGACAAUGUGUAGAUAUGCAUCGCAUGUUGUCUGGGUGAAAUGGAUGCAACUUUUCUCUGUUUUACAAAAACAUACUGGAAGUUUAAAAAAAAAAAGUCAGUCUCAACAACCUGAGCGAACUGGGACCAGAAGAACUCCUCACGAGCAAUACAUUAAUGUGAAGAAUAAAACAAAGAGGUGAUGGUGAUCUGAUGACAUGACUGCAAGGAAAGAAAGCAACUGCAAUUCCUGGGGAGGGCUCCAGACUGCCGGCUUGAGUCCCUGGAGUAAACUGCAGAAUACCUAGCUCCCUGCUGUGUUUUGUGGGAUGUCGUAAAGCAAAGAGAGCAUGCUCCCAAAGAAGCUGUGUGGAUUCUCCAGAGAAUGGUUGUUACAGGUUCAGAGAACAAGGAAAUGUCACUGCAGUAACCGUAAGUAAGUAGCUCUUUGUCAUUCUCAAUAUGAGGGAGGCCAUAAUAAAAGCCUAAAAUUGUUUGGCAACUACAUGACAGCUUAAUGUCCACUUCUACAGUGAGAGAACAUGAAUAUUCCUUAAAUGUAUCUGUUUCUCUGUCAAUAUCCUGUUAGAAGUUAUGAGAUGAUUGUAGAGAUGAAGUUGCUGCAGAUAGAGCUUUGUGUUCUGUGGUCCCAUAGUCUCUCCAGCCACUGAGCUGCUCAUCUUAAUUUGAGUUUUUCUUCCACGGUAGUAGUGAUAAGAUUGAUAGUGCAAAGGUAAAUUGAUGUAGAUCUGUCUUCCUGAAUUUGUUUACUAUUGGAGACACUUUACCAAUAUGCCAGCACAACGUUAGGCCAGUGUUGGGAGCAAUAACCAUGUUGCUUCUGUUUCCUUGUUUUAGCAGAAUUUAUCUCUCAAAUUGCUCUGAUAAGCUUAUUUAAUAUACCAAAUCAGUCAAACCUUUAACUUCAUUGUAAACAACGUAUAUAUCAGUGAUGCAUUUUUCCGUAUAAAAUCAUUGAGACAAAACCCAUGUUAAAUCAUAACUCUUAAGUUGAGCGCAAAUAAUUGCUGCCUCUUGUGUACACUGAGAUAAUAUAGUAAAUAAAACAAUCUCUUUUUCUGCAUGUAUAGAUUACAUCCUCUUCCAGGACUCUGUGUAGACAGUGGUGACUCAAAAUCAAAACCUUAAGAUAAAGAUCAGUUGUACUAAAUUCAGAAGUCCAAUUUAGUAUCACAAGGGUAUGGUUUCUAAGAACACUUAACAUAAGAGAGUGCUUAUAUAUUUAGCAUACAUACUCCAUUAACUUCAGCGGGCACUUGGCUAUAUUUAUGGUAUCCAAACUGUCAAGCUGGAUGAUCUGAAAAGAAAGAAUCAACGGUUACACUGGUUGUGGGCAGCUUUAGGCAAUAUUCACUGCCAAAACCAUGAUGCCUUUGUGCUUUCCUAUUAAUUACCUAAUUUGUUAUAAACAGCUGGCUAAUCUCUGUAUCAUCUUGGAUUAAUGGCACAUCAGCAAUGUGAGUCUGUAAUUUUGGCAAGGAGUUGUAUAUAUGACAGGAUAUUCACAGGACUUAUUCAUGCUUUGUCUUUGUGUAGAGUAGGGAUGGUGCUGGAAUGUGUCAGGAAUACUCCAGUUGAAGAUCCUACUUUUGUGGCAUGGGUUUUUUGUUUUGUGUUGUUUUCUUUUUUUUUCCUCUAAAGAUUCUCUCUGUGUUAUAAUAUGGCUUCAUAUAGCAGAAGUGAUUUGUAUAUAUGCGAUUUUGGAAGAUCUCUAUGGUUAAUAGAGAAUUGCAUCAGGCAGUGGCCAAGGUAGCCAGGUCUGAGACAAGGCAAAGAAAACCUGCUCAUUACUGCUUGCUUGUUAGCUGAUACAUACGAGUAUCAGAUUUCUCUGAACGGAGCAUAUCUUUCUUCAGAUUUUUUUUUUUCUGAAGCUGUAAGCUAUAUCUGGUUUUCUUGUUUAUUAGCUUUUACACGUAUUUCAUGUAUUGAGUCAUGACUUACUUUUUCAUUUCAUUUUUUUCUUCCCUGGAAUUUGAUGUCGCCUUGCUUUGUAGCCGUUCCCCACAUAAGUGAGGAGACAGGGCUUUAAUUCUGAAUGAGCUCAUCUAGUUUGGGAUUACUUGAGCAGUAAGUGACUAGGGAUUCUCACAGCAAGGCUUCCUCCACCGCAUACCAUCUUAAUCAUCUGCAGACCAGGUCUGUCUUCCAGAAUGAAUGAGGAAGAAGUAGUAAACUAAUUAAGACUGGAUUUGUCUCGUUGCUGAUAGAAUUUUAAUUUAAUUAUACAAGAGCUGAAGUAUUAACUUAGUGUAAACACUGGAUUCUUUCUUGGAGGUUUACCUUUGUGAGUGACCUAACUUGGAAGAGUGCUCAAAAUUUGCGCUUCGUUAUACGUUAAGAGUUUCGAUACUGACAGCAAGAAAUUGAAACUAAGGUAACUCUAAGGGAUUUAUUAAAUGAAGUUUCGAAGUUAUCAAACUUGAUGGAGGCAGUGAGUAAGAUUUCUUUCUUUCUUUGGAUAAGGGCUGAAUCCAGGGUACGGGAAAGGAACAGGGAGUAGAAAAGGGUUGUAAGAAAUUAAGAAUACGUAUCUAGUCAUACUAUUUACAUGGUCUGUGCUUGCUUAAAGUUACUCAAAUUCAUGUUAAAUGAAAAAUCUUCUGAAACCCAAACCUGAUAAGGGGAACAAGCAUCAAAAAUGAUGAUUGAUUUGAGAAAUACCUUGUGUCAAGUCUUUGUUUGGAGAACAUUCUUUUUUCUUUUUUCCUUCUCUGUGGCUGCUUUUUGAUAUAAAUUUGCAUUUCAAAUAGUUUCAAUUUCUUGUUCUGCUAACUUUCUGUAAAUUCUGUCUUCAUCUGCUGCUGAGUUUUCCUCAGCACAUUUUGACUAGAGGGGAAAAAUCUCAAAAUAAAUUGUAAAUUGCUUAGCCACAAUGUUUUGUAGUUCUUUGCUAAGUAAGUAUAUUUUUAGAACACUCCACAUGGCAAUUACUGUUUUGCUUUUUGAUUCCCAUCCAUUACCACUGACAUGUUGUCCUGGCUCCGUUAGUUAUUCUAUGGGAUGAAGACAGUCUCUCCAAUUCUAAACGUGAAGCUUAUUUUGUUAGCUAAGCUAAUGAUGCCUAAUAGCUAAGAAUGCUGAAGGGCUACUCAAACACUGGAUUUACUUGCUUGUUGCCUUUCUUGCACUGGCAGUUGUGCUCAUCUGGUUGUGCGAUGAGGCAGUUCAGGGGGCUAAAGAGAAAAUCUUAUUUGUUUAUGAAGGGUUAUUAGGGUGGCAGUUACCAUUUGGCAAGGAUAGCUUCCCCAAAAGACCUUUGCAUGUGGAGUUACUGUACAGAAUAUAUUGAAGGUGCCAAAUUGUAAACACCAAGAGUUGAAUAAUUAAUGCUGAAGAGGCAAUGACAGGAGAGACGGGGUAAUAAUAUUUCCUUGUAUAGGGCUCUAUCUGCUCUUUUGUAAACAACAGUAUCAUUAUACACGAGUGCAAAGAAUUUUGCUCAGAAGGUUGGGAUUUCUUUGUGGUGUUUCUGUUUUUCAAAAUAAGCUUUAAAAAGCAACAUAGCUUUCAGUAUUUCUUCUCCCUGAUCUAAUUCUCAGCUUUUGAAUCUUACCUCACAACAAUCCUGAAAUUUCAGCAGUGGGGUUGAUGUAAGUUCUAUGGAUAUCUGUCCUGAUUCACAAUGGAUGUAUGUGUUGUAUCCUCUUCACUGAGCACAUUGCUGUUCUGCUAUUUAGACAGCCUACAGAUGAGCAGAUUGGUAAGCCCUGUGCUUUUCGUGCAGCAUUUUGUGAAGACAGAAAUUACUCUGAUUUAUUUUUUGUGAAGUGUAACAUACAUAAGCUUUAACGUAUAUCUUAAUACUGAUUUUUUUGUUUUGAUCUUUGCAGUGUCUGCAGGAAUGAGUUCAAGCCCCAUCUUCCUUCCAUCAUUCAAAGGUUAUGAGCACAUUUUGCAGAGAGCCUUAUAACUGCAAAAUCCCAAAGGUAAACAUUACCAAAUGAGGAGAAAAGGAAGAUGUCAUCGAGUAUCGGCAACAAGGCAUUCCUCUUCCCCGUGCAGUAUUAAGCACUCCCCCACACGAGAAACCUUGACGUAUGCUCAAGCUCAAAGAAUGGUUGAAAUAGAAAUUGAAGGUCGCCUGCAUAGGAUCAGUAUCUUUGAUCCUUUAGAGAUUAUAUUAGAAGAUGAUCUUACAGCCCAGGAAAUGAGUGAAUGCAACAGCAAUAAAGAAAAUAGUGAAAGACCACCAGUUUGUCUAAGAAGCAAACGGCAUAAAAAUAACAAAGUGAAAAAGAAAAAUGAAGCUCUUCCAAGCUCCCAUGGCAUACCUGCUACAACAGCUCCUCUUCCAGAACCAAAAGUGCGGAUUGUUGAAUACAGUCCUCCUUCAGCUCCUCGGAGACCUCCGGUUUAUUAUAAAUUCAUUGAGAAGUCAGCAGAAGAACUUGAUAAUGAAGUUGAGUAUGACAUGGAUGAGGAAGAUUAUGCGUGGUUAGAAAUAAUAAAUGAAAAGCGGAAAAGUGAUGGAGUGUCAGUUGUUUCCCAAAACAUGUUUGAAUUCCUUAUGGAUAGGUUUGAGAAAGAGUCUUAUUGUGAGAACCAAAAACAGGGUGAUCAUCAGUCUUUAAUUGAUGAAGAUGCGGUAUGUUGUAUAUGCAUGGAUGGUGAAUGUCAGAACAGCAAUGUAAUCCUGUUUUGUGAUAUGUGUAAUUUAGCAGUACAUCAGGAAUGCUAUGGGGUGCCAUAUAUACCCGAGGGCCAGUGGCUCUGCAGACACUGUCUGCAGUCCCGUUCUCGGCCUGUAGACUGUGUGCUGUGCCCAAACAAGGGAGGUGCCUUUAAAAAGACUGAUGAUGAUCGUUGGGGACAUGUUGUGUGUGCUUUGUGGAUUCCAGAGGUUGGAUUUGCCAAUACAGUUUUUAUUGAGCCAAUUGACGGUGUCAGGAACAUUCCCCCAGCCAGAUGGAAGUUAACAUGCUACCUCUGUAAACAGAAAGGUGUUGGUGCCUGCAUCCAGUGCCACAAAGCAAACUGCUAUACUGCAUUCCAUGUGACGUGUGCCCAAAAGGCUGGUCUAUAUAUGAAAAUGGAACCUGUGAAAGAACUGACCGGCAGCGGGACAACAUUCUCUGUAAAAAAGACUGCCUAUUGUGAUGUACAUACUCCACCAGGUUGCAUACGGAGACCUCUAAAUAUUUACGGAGAAGCUGAAAUCAAAAACGGUGUUUGUAGAAAGGAGGGAUCAGUCAGAACUGCUAGGUCUACAUCAAAAGUCAGAAAAAAGACAAAAAAAGCCAAGAAAACAGUUGUUGAACCCUGUACAGUUAUGCCAACAGUAUCUGCUCCUUAUAUUCCCCCCCAGAGAUUAAAUAAGAUUAUGAAUCAGGUGGCCAUUCAGCGGAAGAAGCAGUUUGUUGAACGAGUGCACAGUUACUGGUUGCUUAAAAGGCUGUCUAGGAAUGGUGUUCCUCUGUUGAGAAGGCUGCAGUCCAGUUUGCAGUCACAACGAAACACACAACAGAGAGAAGAUGAUGAAGAAAUGCAAGCCUUAAAAGAAAAAUUGAAGUACUGGCAAAGGCUGCGUCAUGAUCUUGAAAGGGCACGCUUAUUGAUUGAACUAAUACGUAAGCGUGAAAAAUUGAAAAGAGAACAGGUCAAGAUUGAGCAGGUUGCUAUGGAACUUCAGCUUACUCCAUUCACUGUCCUUCUUCGAUCGGUCCUGGAUCAGCUGCAGGAAAAGGAUUCUGCUCGUAUAUUUGCUCAGCCAGUGAACCUUAAAGAGGUUCCGGACUAUUUGGAUCAUAUUAAACAUCCUAUGGAUUUCUCUACCAUGCGAAAACGGUUAGAUGCUCAAGGCUAUAAAAACCUCAGUGAAUUUGAAGAAGACUUCAAUCUUAUCAUAGAUAACUGUAUGAAGUACAAUGCAAAAGACACAAUAUUCUAUAGAGCUGCAGUGCGAUUAAGAGAUCAAGGAGGUGUAGUUCUCAGGCAAGCUAGGAGAGAUGCUGAAGGAAUUGGUUAUGAUAAUGAAACUGGAAUGCACUUACCUGAACGGCCUAAACUUGAGUCACCACAGCCUUUCUCUUGGGAAGAUGUGGAUAGGUUACUGAAUCCUGCAAACCGAGCGCAUAUGUCCUUGGAAGAACAGCUGAGGGAGUUGCUAGAAAAACUUGAUCUUACCUGUGCGAUGAAAUCCAGUGGGUCAAGGAGCAAAAGAGCAAAGCUGUUAAAGAAAGAAAUCAGCAGUAUUCGCAACAAGUUAAGUCAGCAACACAACCAAGCUCCUCAAAUAGAAUCAGGUAUUGGAAGUUUUGAAGAAGAAAGUGCAGCACUAGAACAAGAUGGAGAAGAAGAAGGAGAUAAAUCUCCCCCUAAACUUGAACCAUCAGAUGCAUUACCUCUUCCUUCAAACUUGGAGACUAAUUCAGAACCACCAACCCUCAAACCAGUAGAACUCAAUCCAGAGCAGAGUAAGCUUUACAAAAGAGUAAAAUUUGAUAAUGAAUUAUAUAGCACUUCCAUUCAGAAAGAAAUAAAUGGACACACUCCAGAACACUUACUUGACAGUAAUCUCAAUGAGUCGACUGUUUCUGCUGUAGCUGAGUCAUCAACUGAUGUAAACAGACGUACAUCCAUUCUCUUCUGCAAAUCGAAAAGUAUAAGCCCCCAAAAGUCUGCAAAGAACACUGAAACCCAGCCAACUUCUCCACAGCUAGGGACCAAAACCUUUUUGUCUGUAGUCCUUCCAAGGUUGGAGACACUUCUGCACCCAAGGAAAAGAUCAAGGAGUGCAUGUGGAGAUUCUGAGGUUGAUGAUGAGUCCCCUGUAAAGCGCUUGGAUACAGGUCUCUCAAAUGGUUUUGGAGACGGAAGUAAAGAGAGAGCAUUAGAUGAUGCUGCGGGGAGAAAAGUUGAACCUCGUCGCCGCUGUGCAUCAGAAUCUAGUAUUUCAUCUAGUAACAGUCUUUUGUGUAACACCAGUUUCAGCCUACCGAAGUGUGGUAAAGGUAAACCAGCACUUAUACGAAGACACACACUGGAGGAUCGAAGUGAAUUGAUAUCUUGCAUUGAAAAUGGAAACUAUGCCAAAGCAGCAAGAAUUGCAGCUGAAGUUGGUCAUAGCAGUAUGUGGAUUUCGACUGAUGCUGCAACAUCUGUUCUUGAGCCUCUGAAAGUAGUAUGGGCCAAAUGCAGUGGAUAUCCCUCUUAUCCAGCUCUGAUUAUUGACCCUAAGAUGCCUCGAGUUGCUGGCCAUCACAAUGGAGUUACUAUACCAGUGCCACCUUUGGAUGUACUGAAGAUUGGAGAACAAAUGCAGACCAAAUCAGAUGAGAAACUAUUCUUAGUACUGUUCUUUGACAAUAAAAGAAGUUGGCAGUGGCUUCCCAAAUCCAAAAUGGUUCCCCUUGGGAUAGAUGAGACCAUAGACAAGUUAAAAAUGAUGGAAGGUCGCAACUCAAGCAUUCGAAAAGCAGUAAGGAUUGCUUUUGAUCGUGCUAUGAACCACCUGAGUAGAGUACAUGGAGAACCAGUCAGUGACUUCAGUGAUAUUGACUAACAGAUUCUACCAAGGCAUGAAAAGUACCACACAGACUUGAACUCUACUUACAAACCUCUUUGUCUGAAAGAAUGUAUUGAAGAUACAACCCCUUAAUUGUUGAUUCAGUGGCUGAGUUCUGCAAACUUGAAAUUGUCGAGCAAUUCUUCUAAAUCACCAUUGCCAUACUGAUAAAUGAUUUUAUCACAUUAUAGUUUGGAGGAUUUUCCACUAAACGUGUUAAAACAUCUUGUUCAUAGUGUGCAUAAUUGUACAUAGAUGUAUAUUCAACACUUAACUUAUUCUGAUUUUAGAUAGCUCUUUAAUUUCUUUUAUAAUUUUGCUGGGGAGGGAGUUGGUUUUUGUUUCCAUGCUUUUUCUUCUUUCUUUCUAAGUUUAAGUUACCUAAGCACCAUCUUCCAGCUUAAGGUGUUUAGUGAAUUGUAAAGCCUAAUAUCAGAAUUACAUCAAAUAUAUGUUUGCCUAAAUCAUAUACGAUAUGGUGCUGCUUGUAUCAUUUCUUCCUUGGUCUGUAGCUUCUGAAAAAGACUUCUGAAUGUUUGUGUAAAUCAUUGCUCUUUGCACAAAGUACCGCAUAUUUUAAGAUUGAUGUAAAUUUACAAUUACAAAUAUGUAUUUUAAGAAAGGAAGUUGCAUUAUUUUGGAGGGUACUUUGUGAGAAAGGCAUCAAGGAAAAAAAAUUUAACUAUGUACAUCUCUUGCAAAUCACCAAAAACACUCCAUAGUUGCCCAAAAUAGCUUAAGAUUGUUUUUGUUUUGAACAAAUCUGGCUUAAAGCCUGCAAGCACAUUAUUUCUUUCAAAACCAUAUCCCAUUUAUCUCCCAUUGAUUUUAUUUUAUUGAUAUAUGUGCCUCCCUGUGUUUUAUUUAUUGUAGAAAAUGUAUUAAUUUGCUUUAUAAUGAAAAAUAAAAUUGACAAAUAUAUUGAUAUGCAUUUUUAUACAGGCACAUGAGAAGACAACUUGCUUUGGGAGAAAAAAUGUAUUGGAAAUUGUAUAAAAUAACUUGAUGGUUUGUGUGUAAUUUGAUUUUUUUGUAACUUGUAAUCUUCUGUUUCCACGGAGGGGAUUUAUGUAACUUUUAAUUUAGAACACUUUGGUAGCAAUAGAAACUUUGGAUACAUUUUUGUAUGGUACAUGUGAUGUAUAUAGAAUUAGUACUUUAUUUUUAUUUUUAAGAAGUAAAGCAUUAUGUUUGGGCAGGGGGAAGGAGGAGGGGGGGGUUUCCAGAAUUGCAUUUUUAUAUUAAAAAAAAAAAAAUAAAGUCAAGAUAUUGAUUGUUGUAGCUACUUUAUUCCUACCUUCACUGAGAAUACAGAAUUUGUAACAAUGAAAAUGGCAAGGUAUGUUUGCAAUGUGAUUUAUAAUGACUCCAUUAUUUAUAAAUGCACUGUUUGAACUCUUUUGCAGUGAUAUCUUAAAUACUGUACCAAGUUAUAUAAUAUGAAACACCAAAUAAUGCAUAUGAAUGCACGAAGUAUUUAUGCCCAGCUUUUUUUAUAAAGGAUUAGCAAAUACAGCAAAACCAAUACUUUUUAAACCUUUUUUUAAAACUUCAUGGAUAGCAUUCUUCAUUGUUAAACCUGCUUGAGUCUUUAUUUUAAAGGGACAGUUACUUUAUAAAUAGUUUUUAAUGUUUUUAUUCUCUAUUGUUUGUAAUACCCCCUUAGAAGCUUGAAAUAAAAUUUCUUUCUCAACUGUUAAUUUUGUCCUGAAUUUGGCCCCUGAAAUUUUGCUGUAGUGCCCAUUCUCUUAAUCCAUGGCUGAGUUGUUAAAGAGGUGCUAGUUCAGAACCUUAUUUUCUUGCUGCAGCGUGCUGUACCAUCCUUACUGAGCCCUCCGUGUGGUAGGUAUUCUAGUUACGCCCUGCUAGCUGAGAGCAAUUGCCUGUAAUGGAAUAUGGUAAUUGCAAAGUUCAGUCGGAUAGAUUUCACAAAUGAUCAAGCAAACAGUUCUCCCAGUCUUGACAGUAAACUUUGCUUUGGGGGAAUAGUGAUGGCAGGUGUUCUGCUGUGAUAGAAACAAUUGACGCAUUGGGUAGAAAGCUAAAAUGAAAAUUUGGUCAUUUGCUUUAAUUAGUACUUCUAUGUAAUGACUGAGGAUCUGCCAUUUCGCCGUGCUUGCUUUUGCUGGGAAUGGAGCUUAACGUGCACAAUAUUCAGACGGUAGGCCCUCUUGUGAUCAUCUAGGGUUGCGUAUUAAGAGAGCCUUCAGCAGUAGCCUGUGCCAGGUCCUGUUUCAGACGUGGGCCGCCAAAUCAGUGUGUGUGAAACUGGAGAAUGAUUGGCAGCAAGAGAAAAUGUGUUUUGGGGGUCUUUCAGACCUUGGAAAAUUAACUGGAGUUCAGAGUAGGAAGAUGAUAGUUUCAUAUGGGUAGAACUUUGAUAGCUGUGAAGUAUAAAUUCCCACUUAGUGAAUAAGUUGUACACGCAGAGGUAUCUCCUAUCAGUUCCUGGAGAAGGUAACUUUUCCUUGAUUUUGAGAGAGAAUACCUAUACAAACCAUUCUAUGUAUUCUUUUGCUGAAAUGGGCAUGGAAGGCUGUGAUUUUUUUCUUCUGUACAUGUGAUGGAAACUGUCCCAGAACUCAGGUUGCAGCAGUGGCUACAGCUUUUCCUACGCUAUGCCAAAGCAAAGUAUUAUCCAGUGGUUCUUCAGGUUGGUUUCAAAUGUAAAAUGAUUUCUCAGACUUGUUGCUUGUCAGUGAUGUGUUUUAAGGAAAUGCAUGUUUAUUUAGGAAAGGAAGAUUGAUCUCCAAAAUUGCUUUUUUUUUCCUAAUUUUAUGCCCUAACUCAAUACUAUAGUCAAAUAAAUUUGUAUCUGAGGGUGUGUUUCACUGUUUUAGACCUUGCUCUUGACCAUUAGUAACUGAAGUAAUCAUGGAGUAGAAAUUAGUAUUGAAGUGGAGGAAAAAGAAGGGAACAACACAUUACCUAAAGGUAUCCUACUGUGUUCUCGUGGAGCAUCACAGCAGUAGAAGCAGGGUGUGGAUUUGUGUAUUCACUUGUCAAUUCUGGUGCGAUCAUCCCCAGCUAAUAAAGAGUGAGAAUCCCGGAGCAGAAGUUAAUUUAUCCUCUCUUGUAUUAAAAUGUGAGAAAUCAUGUUAUAAAUAUUUAGGGGGAAAAAAAAAGGGUGUAAUGACUUUCUUUUUUAAAAAAAACGUUUGUAUUUGUUAUCAAAUGCAGUGGAUUUUGCAAUGUUUGUUGUGAUUUUUGUAUUUUUACACUAGAGGGAGCAAUACACACAGACCAUCAACAUUCACAAAAAUAUUAAAUAUUUUCUUUUUAAAAUGCUGCUAUUAAAACUUCUUGCUGUUAAACAGU